GACACGAUUUCGUUCGCAUACACUUGCGUUCACGAAUGAUCCUGCUAGACGUCUGCAAAAUCAAACACUAAAGAAUCGACGUGCUAUUCUAAAAAUCAACCUUGAUCGAAUUUGCCUCAUCAACUUUGAUUUGACCGUGAUGUUUUUGUCAUUUCUUUGUACCUACCACUUCCACAGGGAAACGAGAACAUAGUUCCUGAGACUCGGUCUUGCUCCGAAAAGACAACAAAAAUGGGUCUCGUCACUGUCCGAACGCGCAAGUUCAAGAACAACCCGCUCUUGGGUCGUAAGCAGUUCGUCGUCGAUGUUGUUCAUCCGGGAGCUGCCAACGUGUCCAAGAAGGACAUCGUUGACAAACUCGCCACUAUGUACAAGGUACCACAGGAGGGGGAACUACUUCUAUGAGUCUAUGUUGACUUAUGUGAGUAUGAUGUGAUUUAGAAAUAGAAGGUGACUAGAAUACUGAUUUAGAUUUAGAGGAAGGCGGCGCUGGAUUUCAAAAUCAGAUUUAGACCUCAAUCCGUGCAUGCUUUUAGAUAACGCCGUUGACACCACUCGGCUUUACAUCUGAGAUACCAUGAAAAGAAAUUAUCUCCUUCUUAUCACAGGUGAAGGAUUCCAAGUGCGUCAGCGUUUUCGGAUUCCACACCGCUUUCGGUGGUGGCCGAUCCAGCGGUAUGGGCCUCAUAUACGAAAACCUCGACAAAGUCAAGCAGUUCGAGCCAAAGUACUGACUAUGUCAUAUUUUUUCGCAUCGACAAUAUUCACGACACUUUGUUUGAUCUGAUUUUACCUUUCAACUUUCUUUCUGAAUGAUUCUUAGUGUCAUGAUACUGAUUUUGAGUUCCUGGAAACGUGAAGGUGAAACUGAUCCUGUUCCCGAAAAAACGGAACACGUCUGUUUGAACAGUUCGCCCUAGUCCGUGUCCGGAAUCCAACCUCCUUUCCAUUGUUUUACCUCAGGUUCCGCUGCAAGCGUAACGGCGUUGAGAAGCUCGACAAGCGCAAGCGCAUUGGACGUCGUAACGUCAAGAAGAUGAAGCUGAACUUGGCCAAGGCGCCGCGUGGUAAGAAGCGCACUAUUGUCAAGCAGACCGCUGGCUACCUCUAAAUGUCGUUCUACAGAAAUAGUUUUACAUGACGAGAAUGAGACGACUGCUGAAACACUAGUCGCAGUGAGAAGAGGAGACGGACGCGGACGGAGAGCCUAUGUUAUUUGGUUGCUGGUGACUGCGCUUUGCGGAGACGUGGAGGGAAUUUUCUCCUUUAGAGAAGAUUGGUUUCGCUACAUCUGCAAGCAACAAGAUCAUCUAACUGCCAAGUAAUAGAAGGAGCUGAAACAAAAGGAGCAUCCUUAGGUGCGCCACCUUGCUAUCCGUGAACGAAAUGCGGCGACAGAAAAGUAGCUCUCUAUGUGUUCGUUCCAGUCAAGCAAGGAGGUGAAUCUGCGCAUACGUCUAAG